AUGACCACUACAACACCUACUCAAAAGACCAUAGCCGGUGUAGCCAAUCUUGCUAACCUCCUACCUACCGGUACCGUCCUCGCAUUCCAGGCCCUCAUUCCUAGUUUCUCCAACAACGGCGAAUGCCAUCCUGCCAAUAAGGGGCUUUCAAUAUCCUUGAUUUUCAUUUGUGCCUUCAUCUGCUUAUUCACCUCCUUUACUGAUAGCUUCAUAGACAGUACCGAUGGGAAGUUCUAUUAUGGUAUCAUCACUAAUGAAGGCAUACACAUCUUAAACCCUAGAGCAAAAGUGAUUACUGAUGAUCAAAAAAAAGAAGAAGAUGAUGAAAAAAAGCGCCUGAGGAAGUAUAGAAUAAAGCGUAUAGAUUAUCUUCAUGCUUUUUUGUCACUAUCUCUGUUCUUUAUCUUUGCUCUUACCGAUCUCAACGUGAAGAAUUGCUUCUUUCCGAAACCAUCAGAUGAUCUGAAUCAGAUCAUUAUCAAUUUGCCUCUAGGAGCUGGGGUUUUUGCAUCAUUCUUAUUCACAAUUUUUCCAACUACUCGAAGAGGGAUAGGAUAUACGCAGCCCCGGCCAAAUAAGGAGGAAAAAAUUGGUAACCAAAGCUCGACUACCACGGCGGGGUCAAAAGAAUCGGACUUGGAAAUGGGGCGUACCACCGGUGUGGCCGUAGGAGUCGAGGCUGAUGCCAAGGCCCCCAUUACAAACGCUACCCCAUAG